GGGACUACGAAGCUGUGGACGGAGACUUGCCUGCCGUGUUGACAUUGUCACCUUCUUGAUCUGCAAGGAAUGGGUGUGGUUGGUUCUGGACAGCACUUAGCAAUACUGAGUGUGAUCUCUGCCUUUUAAUGGCUUUCGAGCACGGCAUGCAUUAACAUUUGGCUCCCGUGGAAGGGAGUUGUCCGAAGACGCCAUUUAACUGGGUGCUGAUAAAAGAGGCUAGACACACACACAAAAUGUCUACAGAUGUUCCAAGACAAGGAGGAGUAUGGCGACAAACUAGAGUUCUUUUAUACAAGAAUUGCUUAAUUAAAUGGCGGACAAAAAGGACUAGUAUUCAGGAAAUCCUCAUCCCUCUUUCCUUACUAGGUUUGCUAAUCAUUAUAAGCAUGAUACAGCCAAACAAAAGACACGGUAGGAUGCCUGAUGCAGUUCUUUACUCUGCAAAUCGCUCAAGCCUUUCCAAGUUUAUUGUUGGCUACACACCAGUAACUAAUGUGACAAGGAAGAUCAUGCACAAAAUGUUUUCAGAAUACUGCCCAGAAGGAAAAGUUGCACAAGAAUUUCUGAAUGAACAAGAAAUGAAAGAAGCUAGCCUCCUUAGCCCAGAAAAGUUUAUAGGUAUAAUUUUCAAGGAUUCUAUGUCCUACCAUCUCAGAGUUCCUAGACAACUGAUUCCAGUAUCUUCAAGUCAUUUAGAAUUAAAAACUAGUUGUUCGAGACCUUCUGAAAUGUGCGAAGCUGAGGUAUACUGGUACUAUGGAUUUACCGCACUGCAGAACUGCAUUGAUGCAGCAAUUAUACAGUUUAAGACCAAUCAUUCCAUUUUGGAAGGCCUAGAGGAAACAGAAGCUGUCAUAAUGGGAAAAUCUGCUGCAGUGGAAAUUGAUUAUUUUCUUUGCGGAGUCAUUCUGAUUUACUUAGUGAUUGCUUUUUCGCCAUUUGGAUAUUACUUGACAAUCCAUAUCAUGACAGAAAAAGAGAAGAAAUUGAAAGAAUUUUUAAUAGUCAUGGGACUUCAAGACACGGCAUUUUGGCUGUCUUGGGUCCUACUGUACUCCAGUCUGAUAUUUGUCAUGUCUCUUCUCAUGUCGAUCAUUGCAACAUUCUCUUCGCUUUUCCCCAAAAGUAGCAGCUUUGUGAUAUUUCUUCUUUUUUUCCUGUAUGGAAUAUCCUCCAUUUCCUUUGCAUUUAUGCUAACAUCACUUUUUAAAAAAUCAACAAAUGCUGGCUCAGCUCAGUAUUUCACCACUGUGGCUUUUGGUGCUGUAGGUCUGACCAUUGUCCUGUUGGAAGACUUUCCAAAAUCCUUUGUGUGGUCAUUAAGUCCACUGUGUGAGUGCACAUUUUUAGUUGGCGUAGCACAGGUUAUACAUCUGGAAGAUUAUGAAGAAGGAGCUGUUUUAUCAAAUUUAAUCCAUGGCCCUUAUCCACUAAUUAUUACUCUUACACUAUUGGCCCUUGAUAGCAUGCUUUAUCUACUCCUAGGGAUUUAUUUUGAUCAAGUGAUUCCAGGAGCAUAUGGAUUGCGACGAAGUUUUUUCUUCUUUUUAAAACCUUCAUUUUGGAUAAAAAGAACAAGAAAUUAUGAGGAAUUGCAUGAGAGCUGUAAUAAUGAAAACCUAGAUUUCAGUGAGGUCACUGAGCCUGUACCUUCCGAAUUUAGGGGAAAAGAAGCUAUCAGAAUCAGCCAUAUUGAGAAAUCCUUUGUUAAAAAGGAUGACAUUGUGGAGGCUUUGAAAAAUUUAUCCUUUGACAUAUAUGAGGGUCAGAUCACAGCAUUACUUGGACAUAGUGGAACAGGCAAAACAACUUUGAUGAAUAUUCUUUGCGGAUUGUGCCCCCCUUCUGAUGGGUUUGCAUCAAUAUAUGGAUAUCAAGUUUCUGAAAUAGAUGAAAUGCUAGAUGUAAGAAAGAUAAUGGGAGUUUGCCAACAGAUAGAUAUAUUUUUUGAUGUAUUAACUGUGGAAGAGAAUUUAUCAAUAAUUGCCUCUGUUAAAGGUAUACCUCCCAAUGAUGUAAUACAAGAGGUUCAGAAAGUUUUAUUAGACUUGGAUAUGCAGCUCAUUAAAGAUAAUCAAGCAAAAACCCUGAGUGGAGGGCAGAAAAGAAAGCUGUCAGUUGGAUUUGCAGUUCUUGGAGACCCAAAGGUAUUGCUCUUAGAUGAGCCAACAGCUGGUAUGGAUCCAUGCUCACGGCAAACUGUUUGGAACCUCUUGAAAAACAGAAAAGCCAAUCGUGUGACAGUGUUCAGUACCCAUUUCAUGGACGAAGCAGACAUUGUUGCAGAUCGGAAAGCUGUGAUUUCCCGAGGAAUGUUGAAAUGUCUUGGCUCCUCUCUCUUCCUUAAGACAAAAUGGGGAAUUGGCUAUCGUUUGAGUAUGCAAAUAGACAGGUAUUGUAACACAGAAGGUACAGCAUUCUUGAUCAGGCAGCAUAUCCCUGGAGCCAGUCUGUUAAAGGAGAAUGAAGAACAACUUGUGUAUGCCUUACCAUAUAAAGAUACAGAUAGAUUUUCAGCACUCUUUGCUGAUCUAGAUACUCAUUCCCAUUUGGGUGUUAUUUCUUAUGGCCUUUCUACCUCAACCCUAGAAGAUGUAUUUUUCAAACUGGAAGUUGAAACAGAAAUUGACCAACAGGGCCAACAGGAUUUUGGUGUUUUUAAUUCAGAGCAAGCUGACGAGAAAAUGGAUACAAACUCUGUUGAUGAAGUAGAGCAAAGCCUGUUAAUGCUAUCUGUGACAAAAUCUUGUGCAAUAAGCAAUAAGUCUCUUUGGAGAAAGCAGGCCCUUGUAAUUGCAAAGGUUCAUUUUCGUAAUUUUAAUCGUGACAUUAAAUCAAUGUCAGAAGUGUUAGCACUGUUCCUAGUAUUUCUUUGUGUUGAGAUUUUUAUGUUUCACAUGUAUCAAGAAUACUUCAAAAAUGCUGUGGUUCCUAUCAAACUCUCUCCAGAUUUAUAUUUUCUUAAACCAAAUGAAACUCAUCAUAAAUACAAAACCAGCCUUCUUGUUCAAAACUACACUGGAGUAAACAUUGAUGACACAAUCAUAAACCCACUUCAGAGCCAGAAUAUACUGACAGAAAUGUUCAAUGGCAGUGACUACAUAUCAGUUUCCCCUCACAAUGCAGCAUUAAAUGUAGUUCAUGCAAGCAAGACCAUUAUCUUUAAAGCUGCUUUCAACCGAACCAUGCUACAUUCUUUACCUCUUAUGAUGAAUAUCAUUAGUAACUUGUACCUACACAAUUUAAAUGUAACUGAAAACAUCCAUAUCUGGAUUAGCUCUUUCAUUCAAGAAAUUACUGAUAGAGGUUUCAUAAUGGUGAUGAUUGUUCAGUGUUUGACAGUAGGUGUCACCAUGACCGGAUUGCCAUCAUAUUUUGCUAUGGAGAAUGCAGAAAAUCAUAGGAUCAAAGCUUAUACUCAGCUGAAGAUGUCAGGUCUUUAUCCAUCUGCUUAUUGGUGUGGACAAGCAUUAGUCGACAUUCCUCUAUAUUACACUAUUCUCCUUGUCAUGACUGGGAUCUUAUUUGGAGUUCAUCAUGAAAUUAUUUUUUUCCCUAUGAAGAUCUUUGCUGUAACGUUUUGCAUUAUAGGCUAUGUACCCUCAGUAAUUCUGUUCCAUUAUAUUGUCUCUUUCACUUUUAAAACUAUACAAAACACCAAAGAAUUUUGGUCAUUCAUUUUUCCAACUGCAGCUUUGAUCUGUAUUAUUGUUACUGAUGUAGCAUUUACACAGUGGUAUAACAUAGCCGUUAUAAUUCAUAUGUCCUUUUGUAUCUUCAUUCCAAUCUACCCUCUAAUUGGGUGCCUGAUUACUUUGUUAGAGGAGACAGAGAAGAUUGGUCAAAAAGUGGAAAGAAGUGCAGAAAGAUUGUUGGUUUCAGUAGUAGCGCCUUAUUUUCAAUGUAUAAUUUGGCUAUUUCUUCUGCGAUACCUUGAGGUGAAGCAUGGAGGCAAAUCAAUGAGAGUGGACCCUUUUUUCAGAACUCCUAUGCGGCUCAAAGCCUGUAAAUUCCUAGAUGUAUCACCUGAAGAAGAUGGAGAUGAAGAUGUUAUGGCUGAAAAGCUGAAAGUUAAAGAGAUGAUAACUUGCCAGGACUGUGAAGAGAAACCAGCAGUAUUGGUCAGCAGCUUACAUAAGGAAUAUGAUGGAAAGACUGAUUUCCUUCUUGGAAGAAAAAUGAAAAAAGUGGCAACUAACUAUCUUUCACUUUGUGUUAAGAGAGGAGAGGUUCUGGGAGUAUUAGGCCCUAAUGGAGCUGGGAAGAGCACACUGAUUAAUAUUCUAGCAGGAGAAGUUGAACCCACUUCAGGCCAGGUGCUGAUGGGGGAUUAUUGUUUAGGUGAAAAUCAUAUGGAUAAUUCCAUGAAAUACAUGGGAUACUGUCCACAGGCAAACCCACUUUGGCCUAAUAUAACAUUACAAGAACAUUUUGAAAUUUAUGGGGCUAUCAAAGGAAUGAAUACUAAUGACAUGAGAGAAGUCAUAAAAUGCUUUUCCAAUGCACUUGACCUUAAGGAACAUCUACAAAAGAGAGUGAAGAAACUUGGUGCAGGAAUCAAACGAAAGUUAUGCUUUGCCUUAAGUAUGCUUGGAAAUCCUCAUAUUACUCUCUUAGAUGAGCCAUCUACUGGUAUGGACCCCAUAGCAAUACAUCACAUGUGGAAAGCAAUCCGAGCAGCCUUUAAAAGUAAAGAGAGAGCAGCUAUUCUGGCAACACAUUAUAUGGCAGAAGCAGAGGCAAUAUGUGAUCGUGUGGCCAUCUUGGUAUCCGGAAAGUUACGGUGCAUUGGAACAGUUCAACAUCUCAAGACUAAAUUUGGCAGGGGAUAUUUUUUAGAAAUGAAAUUAAAAGAAACGCCAGAAUCACAGCAGAAGGAGCACCUUCAAAGGAAGAUUUUGAGCAUUUUUCCAAAUGCAAAUUGUCUGAAAAGUUUUGCUUCAAUUUUGGCAUAUAAAAUUCCAAGAGAAGAUGUCCAGUCACUUGCAUUGGUUUUUUCUAAACUGGAGGAAGCAAAACAUGCCCUUAAUGUUGAAGAAUACAGCUUCUCUCAAGCAACACUUGAUCAGGUAUUUGUGGAACUUGUGAAAGAACAAGAGGAAGAAGACAGCAAUUUUGGUACAUUAAAUGGAACAAUUAGUUGGGAAAGAUCCCAGGAAGAUCGAGUAAUUUUCUGAUUUGUUCUAUUUCAUUUUUCAGAGGCUUUUCUGCCCUCAAAAUAAAUGCUUUUUUUUUUUUUUUUUUAAUAUGCACUGAGUACUAUGAAUUUAGAACAUAUUCCUACACAGCUGAAAGGAUUCACCUUCUUUGCCUUACUAAUGCUAUAGAUAGGGUGAAAUGCUUUUUUUUUUUUUUUAGUAUUCUUAUUAGAUGCAAACCUGUGAUCAAGGAGCUAUAAAAUUGGCUGGACCUUCUUUCUAAGUCUGCAGCAAGCAUGGCAUUUUACGUAUUGGAUAAUGUAGCCAAUGAAUGAAAUUUUGCAUUAACCUAGUAUUUAUUUUUAUGAAAAAGAUUCCAAUCAUUUGUUCCUUUCUGUUUUGUUUUAUAAUGGGGGUGGAAAGAGGGCAAUGUGCAGUGAAAUUAUUUAAGGACAAUUUAAGCAUUCCUGUUUUAGAAAUGCUCAGACUGGAAAAAAAAAACGGCCAUGCAGUACAUGGCAUUCGUAACACAUCCUGUUUCUAUGAUAUGCUUAAUUAAGUCAGUACUAAUCCAGUCAGAUCUUCUUAGUGAAGGUUUUGGCAGUAUACAGUCAUAUCAGGUGGCUCAAAUGUCACCAUGUUGGGACUACAAAAUGUGUUCUACCACUGCUUUCUUCCAAAAGAACCUGAUUUCCCAUGAGCAAGUAAUGCCAUUUAUUUUAGAUGACUAGUUGUGCAAAACUGGUCAUGCAGUCCUACAUCACUGACUGGGUGAAUUUCAUCCAAUGUGUAGCUGCUCUCUCUGGGGCUAUUUAGUUCUCCAGAGGUUAGUUGAUCUAAUAGGCCGCCACCAUCACCUUGACCAGCUGCAUCCACAGAGAAUGUAAAAUAAGACAAAAUGGCAGUCACAAUUGCAUGGUCAAAACCACCAUUUUUACUUUUUUGCCUCCCUCCCCCUCUCUUGGACCCCCUGCGCUUGCCCCAGUUAAGGAUACUGUUAGGAACAGAACUGAUAAGUGAACAACUACAAAUAUUGGCUUGAAUCUACAAAUUAACAGUGAGUGUGAAAUUGAAUCAGAGCUUGUUAAUUUGUUGUCUUCCAUCAUGCUUCUAGAUUGUAGCUCCCAAAAACCUUAUCACCAGUCAUAUAGGCUAGGGCUGAGGACAGCAGGACUUCAGCAACAUAUAAUAGUCCACAAGUUGCCCAUCUAUAACUUAUCUAUCAGCAGAAGAGGAAGAGCUAAUUUUCAUUGAUUCUCACUCUAUGCAACUUCUCUCUCUAUAAAAAUAAUCUCCUCUGCAGGGUUGGGGGAUCUUCUCAGAAAGUAUAGGUGGAGGUACUUAAGGCUGCAGGGAAAAGGUGAAAUCAGCAAAAAUUACCAACCUCCACCUAUUUCCAGCAGUUCUUAGUUAAGAGACAACAAGCCUCCACUGGAUUUUGCUCAAUUUCAUGAGCUGAGUUUGUAGGGCAGUGAAUUCACCCCACUGUUUAUGAAAAUUUCUUUACUACUUCUUUAUUUUAUGAAAUUUUAAGAAUCGCCUUACACCCCAAAUAACUUUUGUUUCUUUUUUUUCUUACCUAAGUUGCCAAUUACAUGUAAUAAUCAUUAUAUAAUCAAUAGUAUCAUUUUUCAGAAGAUACUGCUAAAGGCAUUGUCUAUAAUUUUGCCAGUUCCUGGAACCUUUUGUCACAGUUUUCAUUUGAACAUAUUGUAUAUAAUCCUAAAAAAAGCAGUUGCCUAAAUACUUACUUUUUAAACAACUGUUAUUUAGGUGACUUAAAACUCAGGUAUACCUUAUAAUAAACUGUUAUUAAUUUACCUAAACUUACGUUUUUGGUUUAAAUCUCUUAAAAUGUUUAGGUAACAAUAAGGGAAUGUUAUUGAAAUAAUAAAUCCUCAAAUUGAUGUUAUUUUUCUUCUUGAAUGAAACAAUACCAUGCGAACUUGAGAUUAAUAUUGAAAAGAUGUCAAUAUAUUCAUUAUCUUUUUAAACAAAAACAGUGCUCCAAAUGAGAGACAUCUGCUUUUACUUGUCAUGCUCAACUUUCCUUUUGAGGAUGAGAAAUUCUGAACUUCAGUCACAUGAUCUCUAAUAUUAUAGGUAAGGUAUGAACAUAGGUAUGAAUUUCAUUGACUUGGAAGAAAAGAUGAGGAUAAAGCCACAAAAACAUACUAGUUUUUAGGCAACAUUGAUUAUCAGUCCACAGUGGCCCAAUAUAGGAACAUAUAUAGUAUUGUUACCUGCUAUAUACUUUGUUUUGAAUUAUCAAAAAUGUCACUGUUGCAAACUGCUGAAGCAAACUAUGUAUUACAUUCACAGAUACGUUUAUUUCA